UCAGUUCCUAAAUAUAAUUAUGCGGUUCCUGUUAUUUCAUUCCAUGAUGUUAAACGGUGCAGGUGUCUUAUCUUGUAUGUUUUUUAGCAUGUACUAAUUCCAUUUGUUUUAGUGCUAAUUAUUUAUUCCAGUGUAUUAUUUUAGGCUCGUUUUGUUGUGUUGUAUAUGUUGCUUCUAAUUAUCAUAUUGUUUCUGUUAGUUUGUUAUUUCAGUGUGUUAUUUUGGGGUUUUAUGUUAGGUUUCUUGUUCUCAUCAAUCAUGUUCUAAAAACAUUUUCUGUUCCAUGUUCCCGUUCUCUCGAGGAACAUUGCGGUGCCUGAGGGCAAGGCCGAGGGCAGAUGGCAAACCUGUAAUUACAAGCAAAAGGGCGAGGGCAGAAAAGGAAAGGAUGAAAACACACCGGCUCAGCCGGUCAGACCAGCCUCCGGCCUCCCCUGCCACCCACUCCCAAAUCCCAGAGCCCAAUCCCCCAGAGGGCCAGACCCCCAGCCGAUCCUCGCCCACCUCGCAGCCGCAGCACACACACGCGCCGCAUCUGAUCUCACCGGCGGCGGCGGGGCCCCCGAAGCGUCCUGAUCUCCGCCGCAAACGCCACCGCACUUCCCGGCACCGCGCCAGCGCCCUCUACCCCGGCCGAUGAAGGCGUCGAUCAAGUUCCGCGACGACGAGCGGCCGCUGAUGCGCGCCAAGGUGCCGAUCGCCGUGCUGGGGCUGCCGUUCCAGUCGGGGCUGGCGGCGGGCGGGGACCCGAGGGAGCUCCGGUUCGACGUGUCCACGGCGUUCGCGUCGGGCCCGGCGCUCCGGCUCUCGUACCGCCCCAACGACCCGGCGCUCCCCUUCGCGCUGACCGUCCGCGCGGGGCUCGGCCCGCUGGGUUCCCCUGCGCGCGCGCCCUUUGCGCUCGCCGCCGAGUUCAACCUCCUGGCCCCCGACCCCUCCUCCUCGCCCGCCUUCUUCCUCCGCCUCAAGCCGCGCCUCGGCGACUUCUCCCUCUCCCACACGCUGCGCUCCCCCGCCGCCCCCGCGGCGCCAGCGCCACGGAAGGUCGGGGAGCCGGGCUCCGACGACGGCGGCCACGGGCGGGAGACGAAGCUCCUCGACUACAGACCGCAGUUCACUUUCACCGGGAGCGGGCUCGCGGCCGACGUCGCGGCGGCGGGGACCAAGAGCGGGGUCGGCGCGCUGCUGUCCGGGAUGCGGCUCACGACCAGGAGCGUGCUCCCGCUGUGGGGCAGGGCCAGCCUGCGGUUCAACUGGGGCCUCCGCGUGCCGCCGGAGCUGCUCGCUGACGACGCGGACGGAAAGGGCGCGCGCGCGCCCGUCAGCAAGAUGCCGCUGCUGGUCAUGAGCAAGAUCUCCAUUGAGCAGUCCCCGCGCGCCGGCACGGGCAGCAAGUGCGCCCGAGCCGAGGCCGAGGCGUCGGCGUCGGCGUCGGACUCGGAUGGCGACGCGGCGUUCUCGUUGGUGAGGCAGCAGCUGGAGUCGCUGAACGUGGAGAACAUACUGCUUCGGCGCGCCGUGGAGGACCUCCGCGCGGAGGUCCGGAGCAGCAGCAGGGCCGCGCGGCCCGCUGCGGCGGCGGCGGGCAGAGGUGAGGGCAGGGUGACAUCGACCGCGCUGCAGACGCAGCCACACCCGCGGCCGCAGCCUUACCACGCGACGAAGCCGUCCCCGGUGCGGGGCGCGGCGACCGCGAGGGAGCCGGCUGCCGCGCCGGACGACGUCGGCGAGGAGCUCAAGAAGGCGUUGGAGGCCCGCCUGCGCUGAGCAGCCUGCCUUGCCGCAAUUGCCCUGCCAGGCUGCGGUGCGUGCGACCCCGCAGCUAGUAGUUUAACUGUCAGCAGCAAUUUGAAGCUGCUGUGUGCUGAUCUGAUCUGCUCCUGUUGGUUGCUUAGAUCGUUCGUACUACAAUGGAUAAGUGUUGCGAAUGAUGGUGCCAAACUGCCACUGGAAACAAUGCCCAUGUUUAGUUGUAAUUUUUUUUUUUUUGCAAAA